GACACAAAACAGGUGGGUUAAAUUCACACCGAAAAUAACGGAGAAGUGUCUGUCAGACCGAAUUUUGCAGCAGCGGAAAGUAGAGACCAUCACUCUGCCUCAUCAAGUUUCCACAUGCUGCAAGAGGAGCAAGUCGACGCCGCGCUGUUGGCCGACGUGACAGGUUUCUUGGCGGACUGCAGCGCGUCAGCUUCAUCAAUAGACCGACAACGGAAGGCGCCGCCGUCCUUCAGUGACGAUGUGCUGGUCCUGGACACGCACCAGCUCAUAGCGGAGACGGAGACGCUGCUCUCGUCCCUCGAGACCACGGCACAGGAACAAAUAGCUUCCAAUACUCUAUCAAGUUCCGACGAAGUUACCAUCACUAGUGACCACAAAUAUACACCCAAGACGGACGCAAUGCCGGCUGAAGAUAGACGUGCGUAUCGAAAUGUUCAGGCUGCCAAGCGCCGACUGAAGUACCGACAGAAGCUCAAAGACGAGAAGAAGACGCUAGAAAGUCAGGAAAUAGAGCUCUCGGGUGAGUUAAGCAGGCUACAAAGCGCUCAAGAGGCUGAGAAGAUGAGGUAUGUGGACAGAAUGUCGCUGAGUGUGUGGAGAUCCAUCGCUACGAGGCAGAAGGAAAAGCGUCUGGAGGCUGAGCAGACUCAGAGACAACUGAGAGCUGCAGUGGUCGGCCGAGCGAGGAUGAUCCAUCAGAUGAAGGCACUGCUACAACGACCUUAUGUGCUGGAGGAGAAGAAUAUGCUGUAUGGGGAGGCUGACGGAGGCCAUGCCGAUGGCUCUGUGUUGUUUAAGACUUUUGUGAGUGAAUUGGAUGCGAUUUACGCUCAGACAGACCAGGUUAUGCGAGAAGUCAACGCCGAAGUGUCGACGAAAUUUGAGUACAAUCUGACACGGAAAGUUAAGGAUGGAGUAGAGUAUUUCGACAGCACCGACGCUACGGAGAUUCCAUUUGCAUUCGAAGACACCAGUCGUGCGAUGUCGUUGCUGAUGAUGACAGAUCCAGACGUACUACGGCACAAUUCACAUGCCCAAGAACCGAAGGAUACAGUCACUGUGAAGUAUAUCGCUGACUGCCAACUUGAGAGAGAUGAAGUCGCUAAGCUGAAAAUCUACUCGGCUAUGCGAAAAGUUAAAGAAGCUGAUCGUGUGGUAUUUGUGUGGCGCGCUGUGACGGAGGGACAAGGCGAUUUAUCCGGACACCACACAGACGAAACGGGGUGGCUUGUUUUGCGCCCACAAGAGAUUGGCGAUUUCCCAUCGACAGUGUUCGAGAGCUAUACACGCUUUAUUCCAAUAGAUGUCGGUGAGUCGGCAAGCAAGGCCGAUACAGAUCGAUUUGCCAAAGUGGUUGCGAAGUCAGGAGAGGAAGAAGUGAACGAGAUGAUGCAAUUGUUGGAGAAGAUGCUACUUGGAGGUGACCAAUUCUACACCAGCGGUCAUCCCCGUUAUGAAAGUGCCUAAAGUCAUUGUGCUGAUGCUGCUUUCAUCAACCAAAAUGUAUGACAGUCUGCAUCAUGCAUUGCAUUUUUACACAAAUGCUAGAUGAUAGCAAUACCAAAGGAUAUCCUUCUGCGUGCUCGUUAGCCGUUCUUUUCAGCGGGGAAUGGGCUGAUGCGACGGAUUUUAAUCUCAGACUAACGGUGUAGCUAGCACGAAAAAACUCUGGAUAUUAACCCGGCUGAAGAGCAAUGGAAACGUUGCGAUUCACGAUAACGGUGCGGUGGCAAAAGACCCACCAAAUACCUAGGUGAGGUCCUGUGUACGAGUAGAUCGAAUUCUGCCAAAUGCAGCAACCUCCAGACGCCCUCCGGAGUUUCUUCACACGAACUCACACGUUGAACAACGCCUUCUCCAAGGUUGAGGCUAUAUCCCGCGUACUGGGAGUUUUCGUGCCGCAGCGAGCAUAUUUUCUAGAGCGUCGUCGGUGUAGUAGGCUCGGAAAACCGCGCUCAUGCUCGUUUGUUUGUCGGGGUACUUUGCGUUGAAAUCGUCUAGGUACUGGGCCCAACGCUUGAAAUCCGGACUCGAGAGAAGAUCGUCCGACACCUUCUCAAGUGGCAGCAGAUACUUGGACCGGUCAGGACGUUCUCGAAAGCGAAUCACGUCAUCUGCUCCCGGCUUAGUCAAUAUCAGGGUUGAGCAAAAAUACAUUUAUUGAAAAUGCUUUUUCACGAAUCACGAAA